AUGUCAGCCAGCAAAUCGCCUGCAUAUCGCCAGCCCGACGGAAUCGCUCUGAAGACCACCUGUUCUUUCGUCGCGCAUGCUCUACGAAGCACGAAGAAGCGCAUGCUGGAUUUCAUAAGGGGACGUCUGCCGGCACUUUUCCCUGCGCUGCGAGCCGUGGUGGAGUCUAGUUCCACCGCCAACUCAAGACCCACGGUCUUCUCCACUGGGGGGGAGCGGAAGUCUUUGCGGUGUCGCUGCACCGAAGAGAGCCUCGCGUUUCGCGUUUCGCAUCGUUCACCGCUCGUUGACAGCCGUGCCUGUAAGUUUUAUCGGAAUGAUUAG